UGCAGGUUUACCCCCUUCUGAAGCCACAACUAGCACACAAUCAAAGAGAAGAAAGAAACAAACUGGGGUAGAAGAAAGUUUUCACAAUGAACUUCGCCAGAUGGCUGAUGCUCUUAUUGCAAGAAUGUUCUACACAUCAGGUCUUCCAUUCAAUUUGGCAAGAAACCCAAAUUAUCUAGCUGCUUUCACUUUUCUUGCAAACAAUGAUUUGGGGGGGUAUGUACCUCCUGGGUACAACAAGUUGAGGACGACUCUUCUCCAACUGGAGAAGGACAAUGUUGAGAGGCUGCUGGAACCAAUCAAGAGUACAUGGCCGACAAAAGGGGUGACAAUUGCAUCUGAUGGGUGGAGUGAUGCUCAAAGAAGACCCCUCAUCAACUUUAUAGCCAUAGCUGGGAGUGGCCCUAUGUUCUUAAGAGCUAUUAACACAUCAGGAGAUGUGAAGAACAAGGAGUACAUUGCUGAGAAAUUGAUUGCUGUGAUAGAAGAAGUUGGAGCAAAAAAUGUGGUCCAAGUGAUCACAGAUAAUGCUUCAAAUUGCAAAGCUGCUGGGUUGAUAGUGGAACAAAAGUCCACACUCUGA